CUUAGGGUCCACACCCGGCUACGUCCACACUGUGGAGCUGCCAACGCCAAGCCACAUGGAGCUGGAGCCAAGCACACUGCACUUCUGUGUGAACGGUCGCAGGGUGGUAGAGGAAAAUGUGGAUCCUGAAACCAUGCUGCUGCCGUACCUCAGGAGGAACCUGCGGCUCCCGGGGACCAAGAACGGCUGUGGCAGCGGGGGCUGCGGCGCCUGCACCGUGAUGCUGUCGCGCUUCGACCCCAGCACCGGGCAGAUCAGACACUACCCAGCCAACGCCUGCCUGACGCCCCUCUGCUCGCUGCACGGAGUGGCCGUCACCACGGUGGAAGGCGUGGGGAGCACGAGGACACGGCUGCACCCCGUGCAGGAGAGGAUCGCCAGGACUCACGGCACGCAGUGCGGCUUCUGCACGCCCGGGAUGGUGAUGUCGCUGUACGCGCUGCUCCGCAACCACCCGCAGCCCUCCGAGGAGCAGCUGGCGGACGCCCUGGCGGGCAACCUGUGCCGCUGCACGGGGUACAGAGCCAUCCUCGACGCGGGCAGGACCUUCUGCAAGGUUUCUGGCUGCUGCCAAAGUAAAGAAAAUGGGGUUUGCUGUUUGGACCAAGGAGUAAAUGGAGCCCCAGGAUCAGAGGAGGGAGGUCAGACGAGUCCAGAGUGCUUCUCGGAAGAGGAGUUUGUGCCACUCGAUCCAACUCAAGAGCUGAUAUUUCCUCCCGAGCUGAUGAUGCUGGCUAAGAAGCAGCCACGGAAGUCCCGGGUUUUCAAGGGUGACAGAAUGACCUGGAUUUCCCCGGUGACCCUGAAGGACCUUCUGAAAGCCAAGUCCAAGUUCCCCCAGGCCCCGGUGGUCAUGGGCAACACCUCCGUGGGGCCUGAAAUGAAAUUUAAAGGCAUCUUCCACCCAGUUAUAAUUUCUCCUGAUGGAAUUGAAGACCUGAAUGUCAUAAAGCAGGAGUGCAAUGGGCUGACCCUGGGUGCUGGCCUGAGCCUGGCCCAGGUGCAAGAUGUACUGGCUGAUGUGGUCCAGCGGCUCCCAGAGGAGAAGACGCAGACUCUCCACGCUCUCCUGCAGCAGCUGCAGACCCUGGCUGGAUCUCAGAUCAGGAGCAUGGCUUCUUUAGGAGGCCACAUUGUGAGCAGGCAUCUGGACUCAGAUCUGAAUCCCCUCCUGGCCGCAGGCAGCUGCACCCUCCACGUGCUGUCAGAAGAAGGAGCCCGGCAGAUCCCACUGGACGAGCGUUUCCUUGACAGGAGUCCCAGUGCAGAUCUCAAGCCUCAGGAGGUCUUGCUGUCUGUGACCGUCCCGUACACGCGGAAGUGGGAGUUCGUGUCUGCCUUCCGGCAGGCACAGCGAAAACGGAGCGCACGAGCCACUGUGAAUGCAGGCAUGAGGGUCUUCUUUGGAGGAGACGGAGUCAUCACGGAGCUUUCCAUCCUGUAUGGGGGCAUCGGACCAGCCAUCCUCUGUGCCACAGACACCUGCCGGAAGCUCCUCGGAAGGCCCUGGACAGAGGACACGCUGGGCGAGGCCUGCAGGCUGGUCCUGGGCGAGGUCAUCAUCCCCGGUGCAGCCCCCGGAGGCAGGGUGGAGUUCAGGAGGACCCUGCUGGUCAGCUUCCUCUUCAGGUUCUACCUCCAGGUGUCCCAGAGCUUGAGCCGCAUGGACCCCAGCCGCUACCCCAGCCUGGCGGGCGGGAACGAGAGCGCCCUCGCAGACCUCCACCCCGCGCUCGGCCGGGGGACGUUCGAGCACCAGGGCAUGGACCCCAUGCAGCUUCCUCAGGACCCCAUUGGCCGCCCCAUCAUGCACCUGUCGGGGGUCAAGCACGCCACCGGGGAAGCCAUCUACUGCGACGACCUGCCAGCGGUGGACCGGGAGCUCAGCUUGGCCUUCGUGACCAGCUCAAGGGCCCAUGCUGCCAUCGUCUCCAUGGAUCUGUCAGAGGCGCUCAGCCUGCCAGGCGUGGUGGACAUUGUCACUGCCAAGCACCUUGGGGAUGCAAACUGCUUCGCCGAAGAGACGUUGCUGGCCACAGACAAGGUGCUGUGUGUGGGUCACCUCAUCUGUGCCGUCGUCGCGGAUUCUGAGGUUCGGGCAAAACAAGCUGCCAAGAAAGUGAGGAUCGUCUACCAGGACCUGGAGCCACUGAUCCUCACGAUCGAGGAAGCUAUCCAGCACAAUUCCUUCUUCGAGACAGAGAGGAAGCUGGAGAAUGGGGAUGUGGAGGCGGCAUUGCAGAUGGCGGAUCAGGUUCUCCAAGGUACAGUCCACAUGGGCGGCCAGGAGCACUUCUACAUGGAAACCCAAAGCAUGCUCGUUGUGCCCAGGGGUGAGGACCAAGAGAUGGAUGUCUACGUGUCCACACAGUUCCCCAGAUACAUCCAGGACAUUGUUGCUGCCACCUUGAAGCUGCCGGCUAACAAGGUCAUGUGUCACGUGCGGCGCGUUGGCGGGGCGUUCGGGGGCAAAGUCAUCAAGACGGGCGUCCUGGCCGCUGUGACGGCUUUUGCCGCCCACAGACUUGACCGUGCUGUCCGCUGUGUCCUGGAGCGAGGAGAGGACAUGCUGAUCACUGGGGGCCGCCACCCGUACCUCGGGAAGUACAAGGUGGGGUUCAAGAAUGACGGUCGGAUCGUGGCCCUGGACAUGGAGCACUACAACAACGGGGGCAGCACCCUGGAUGAGUCCCUGUGGGUGGUGGAGAUGGGGCUCUUGAAAAUGGAGAACGCGUACAAGCUGCCCAACCUGCGCUGCCGAGGCCGCGCCUGCAGAACCAACCUCCCGGCCAACACAGCGCUGCGCGGCUUCGGCUUCCCGCAGGCGGGGCUCAUCACGGAGGCCUGCCUGGUGGAGGUGGCGACCAAGUGCGGCUUGUCCCCAGAGGAGGUCCGAGAGGUGAACCUGUACCAGGGAAUCGAGCGGAUGCCCUGUGGACAAGAGAUCAACACCGAGGGCCUGGCCCGCUGCUGGAGCGAGUGCAAGGCCAAGUCUGCCUUCUCCCUGCGGCGGGCAGCCGUGGACAGGUUCAACGCGGGGAGUCCCUGGAAGAAGCGAGGGCUGGCCAUGGUCCCCCUGAAGUUCCCGGUGGGCAUUGGCAACGUUGCCAUGGGCCAGGCCUCCGCUCUGGUCCACAUUUAUCUGGAUGGCUCUGUGCUGCUCACACACGGCGGGAUCGAGAUGGGGCAGGGCGUCCACACGAAAAUGCUGCAGGUGGUGAGCCGGGAGCUGAAGAUGCCCAUGGGGAACAUCCACCUGCGGAGGACAAGCACAGAAACCAUCCCUAAUGCCAAUGCCUCCGGAGGCUCCGUGGUGGCCGAUCUCAAUGGGCUGGCGGUGAAGGACGCCUGUCAAACUCUUCUGAGACGCCUUGAACCCAUCAUCAGCAAGAAUCCCCGGGGGACGUGGAAGGACUGGGCGCAGGCUGCGUUCGACCAGAGCAUCAGCCUCUCUGCUAUCGGAUACUUCAGGGGCUAUGAAUCGAACAUCGACUGGGAGAAGGGUGAAGGCCACCCCUUCGAGUACUGCGUGUAUGGGGCUGCCUGCUCCGAAGUGGAGGUCGACUGCCUGACAGGGACACACAAGAACAUCAGGACAGACAUCGUCAUGGAUGUUGGCCACAGCAUCAACCCCGCCCUCGACCGAGGCCAGGUUGAAGGCGCCUUCAUCCAAGGCAUGGGGCUGUACACCUCGGAGGAGCUGAAGUACUCGCCCCGGGGUGCACUGCACACGCGGGGCCCUGACCAGUACAAGAUUCCAGCCACCUGUGACGUCCCAGCCGAGCUGCACAUCUCCUUCCUGCCUCCAUCCGAAAACUCGAACACCCUGUACUCGUCCAAGGGCCUCGGGGAGUCUGGGGUGUUCCUGGGGUGCUCCGUGCUCUUCGCCAUCUGGGAUGCAGUGAGCGCCGCGCGGCGGGAGAGGGGGCUGCCCGGGAGGCUGGCGCUCUCCAGCCCGCUGACCCCGGAGAAGAUCAGGAUGGCCUGCGAAGACAGGUUCACCAGCAUGAUUCCGAGAGACGCCCCUGGAUCCUACGUUCCUUGGGAUGUCCCCAUAUAAGCGCACACAAACCUCUGGAGGAGAGGGUGGCGCUUCGCACCGCAGCCCAGACAGCCACCCUCUUCUCGGGCAGCUGCGCGGCAUGAGAGACCCUGCUGAGCACCCUGCCUGUGUGAGAGCCGGUUCAGCUAGAUAGGUGAUAGAUAGGUGGUAGGUGAUAGAGUGUCGAUACACUGAUGAUACAUGAUAGGAGAUAGCUCACCAGUGAUGAGAGAUAGAUGAUAGAUAUAGAAGAGACUGAUUAAUAGGCAUUUGCAAUUUGUAAAGCACACUUUAAAUGGCAUGACUAUGAACUCCUUCCCUCGAGGGCGGUAUUCACCAUUGCUGUGUCCCUGGGCUGGAGCACAGGAUGAUUUCUAUGUGAUUUGUAUCUGGCUUGUAUUUACCAAUAAAAAUUAUACUGUCUGCUGAAAGA